UCAAGCCUUUCCCACACUCAACGAAUGAAGCACUUAAGAUGUAUAUUUACUUGUUUCUCAUUAGUUUGUCCUACAUUUUGUCGAAAGUUCAUUGUAUUUGAUGAAAAUAAUACCGAUUGCCUUGAUCUUUGAGUGUAGUUAUAUUUCAACAUGGCGGUAGGAAAAGAAAAAUGCUUGGAGAUUGUGAAAGCAAACUUGCUGGUACUUUUGACCUUAGUGGGGGCUGCAGUUGGAUUUAUUAUAGGUGUGGUUGUUCGGAAUACAAACCCAACGGACAGCACACUCAUGUGGGUUGGUAUCUUAGGAGAGAUUUACCUAAACAUGCUGAAGAUGAUGAUAGUUCCUCUCAUAGUAGCCUCAGUUAUAACAGGAACAGCUACCCUAGACCCUAAAUCAAAUGGGAAAAUUAGCUUAGUUAGUUUGGGUUAUAUCAUGUCAACGAACUUCCUUGGAUGCUUAGUUGGUAGUAUACUUUGUGUGAUCAUCCGACCAGGUGAAAUCGCUAAAACAGAAGUUAAAGCAUUUAACUCGGUUCCUUUAGAAACAGAGGACAUUUUCGCAGAUUUACUGAGAAAUAUCUUCCCCGACAAUUUGAUAUCUGCAACUUUUCGCAAGACAAUAACCAGCUACGAUACAGAGAAGUACAAAGGAAAUGAAACUAUUAAUGGGACAACCGUAGAAGUCAUAAAGACUAUGGUGACUGGAAAAAAUCUAUCCAGUGCUGAUAGCACAAAUAUUCUAGGUCUUUUGAUUGCCAGUGCCGUAUUUGGCAUUGCAACUGCGUCAACAAAAGAAAUUGGACAACCUUUCUUCAAGUUCUUUUACUCAGCUACUGAAAUUAUCUUGGUGAUUUUAGGAAAAUUAAUUUGGUUUACACCAAUUGGUGUAGUGAGUCUGAUUGGUAAAACUAUUGGAGGAACAAAGAACUUAGAGGACGAUUUCAGUAGGCUUGGUUUAUACAUAGCAACACAAAUGAUUGGUUAUUUACUCUUCAUGAUAGUAGCAGUGCCAAUUACAUAUUUCAUACUGAUGAAAAUGAAUCCGUUUAAAUUUCUUUUCACUGUUAUUCAUGCUUUUGUGAUAGUGUUUGCUACUUCUAGCACAGCUAUAGCUAUUCCUGAAAGUAUACGACAAUUAGAAGGACCGAACAAAUUAGACCGUAGAGUGACUCGAUUUGUUGUUCCAUUAUGUGCUGCUAUUGGACGUUGUGGUAGUUGCAUUUACAUUAGUAUCUCCUGUUUGUUUGUCAUGCAAAUCACUGACCAGGAAGUGGAUGCUGCUUCGGUCAUUUUAGUAAUCAUUCUAACAACAUUUUCGUCCUUGGCCAUACCAUCUGUGACAGGGGCUAGCUUGAUUACUGUGAUCAUCCUACUCACUGCGUUAAAUAUUCCACCUGAAGCGGCAGCACUUCUUUACUCAUUCGAAUGGUUUUUAGAUAGGAUGAGGUCAAUUACAAACUACAGCGUACAAGUGACAUGUGUAGUAUUUACACAGAGGCUGUGCUUAUCCUCGUUGAAGACUAAUAAUAAAGAGGAUGAAACAUCUGCGGUAUUAAAUGAAAAAGAAAAUGGAAUUCAAAUAGCUGAGAUUGUUGACGACGAAAAACAUUUCUCAGAGGAAACAUUUAAUCAACGCUUUUGAAAUACUCCGUGGAAUUUAUUUUAGUCAAACUUACAUUUGUAAAUAGUAGUAAUUAUACAUAACUAUUGAACUGAAUUCAAGUCUCACAAGGAUCAGCACACCAAAUUAUUUUGUACUUCAAUGUAUUCAUGCAUUUAUAAAAGACCGAUAUUGCAUAAUCUUUUAAUUGAAAAAUUAUUGCCUUAAAAUAUUAUACCCAAUAUAUCUUCUGUUCAUAAAUCCACCACAUUGCAUAGCUAUUUAUAGAAUAUAUAUUGCACCUCAUUGUAUGUUUUUAUAUAAUAUACUAGUAAUGUUAAAUGUUGUAAAAGUGCUAUAAAAUUAUGUUUUACAUUUAAUAAAUAAUGCAACAAUGAACAGAGUAAAGAUGUUAUAGAUUAUUGAAAUGUCAAGACACUUAUCAAUUAUCUUCAUUUACAGAACUAAUGUACAAAAUCAUAAUCCGGUGCUGAUUCUGCAAUUUAAAGGGGGCGGGAAGAAAACAUUAGGAAUGAGACCUGUAAAAAGUCUAUGCAUUAACCAUAUAUGAAGCUCCCUAAAGGGGCUGGUCCUCUGCCCCCUUUCCUUUUCCACCCCAACAAAUCG